AGUUGAUAAAUCCUAGAGUUUAGUUGUCUUAAUUUUUUAACUUUAAAUUCAAUUAAAAAUAUGGAAACAUCUAAAUGGCUAGAAGUGAAAGAAGAUCGACCAAUUCAAGUCAAAACUUUGCAAUCCUGUUUAACACUCUGUGAUUUGAAAUCUGAUGAUUAUAUAAAACUAGUUGCCGUUGAUAUUUCAUACGGCGGCGACAAAAAAGUCGCAAAACUUAUGGUUUUCAAGGGAACGAAAUUAGUUAGCGAGCAGGGUCUUCCUGGCAUACCAUCGGCCAUUGAGAGUUUGUACACUGACGAGCCCCCGCCUAAGACCCCAAUUCUUGCAGUUGCAAUUGGAGAAUCGAUUUUGUUCUAUCGGAAUAUGAAACCAUACUUUAAAUAUACUCUGCCACCAAUGGAAGUUGAUGACAAGGAAAAGGAAAUCUGGAGAAAAUUGACAGUAGAAAGAGCUGAGAAUCAGGAUAUACUCAUUGAAAAUCUUAAGCUUAUGGACAGGAAUCAAUUGACUAGAAUGUCUCAAAAAUUACUGCAGCAAUCUACUCAGGACCGUCAAAACUUUAUUAAGGAGCAUACUGACUUACCACUGCAGAAGUUUUCAACAAUUGUCGCGAUGAGUUCUUUGCAGCGGGUAUCGAGUGACAUUCAUCCACCAACAUGUUUGGUUUUAGCUACUGAGAAUGGCGAAAUUAUUAUUUUGGAUAUUCAAGGAUUUAGCAUUUUAUAUCAGGCCAGGACAUGUUCUUAUGAAACAACACCGAGCCUACUGAGUGUCCAUGGUCAAUACGAAGCAGACUUUCGCAUAAUAGUAGCUACACGUAAUGGUGCUGUACAUUUGCUCCGAAAAUCUUGGCUAGAGGGCAAAGAAAUAUUCAAAUUGAACUACCCACUUGCUGGACUCGUAUUGGUUCCGAUUGAUGAAACUAUAGCUGUAGCCGGAAUGGACAAACAAUUUAAAUGUUAUUCGAAGAAAGGGAAACAACUCUAUGGAUAUGUACUUGAGGCGGUUCCUAUUUGUUUGGUACCAAUUUGCCUGCUACACUUGGGAUUGACAAUUGUUUGUGUUUCUUUGGUUGGAGGAUUGGUUCAGCUCUUCAUACAAAAAACCAUUGUGGACCAAUUCAAAAUGGAGGAAACAGUAAUAGCAAUGAUAUUUGGUCGUUUGGGUCAGGAGGAAUAUGUACUUACUUUGAUAACUGAAAGUGGGAAUAUGCACAUUAAAAUUCUCAAACGAAGUGCAACAUUUGAUGUUACAAAAGGAAUAUUAUCAGACAAGAACAAUGAUGUCAAUGUGAAGAAAAUGUCCUUACUUGAAAAACCCAAGAAAAGUUCAAUAUUCAUCGAGCAAUCGCUACGUGAGAAACUUAAUGCAAAAGCUACAUAUGGAAGCUUUCAAGUUGAGUUAUGGCGUUUACGUCAUACUGCAGCACGAGCAACUGUCGAGGCAAUAAACUCUGCGGAGAGUAUGAUAUCAGGGGAUAUAGCUCACGCACCAAUAAAAGUCGCUGCUGAGGUGUGCGGCGCUGGGCCUGUGUUUCGUUUGUUUUUAACCAUACAAAAUUUGUCGUCAUACAAAAUAGCCACGAAUUUAAGACUUUUGCUGCACGCCGAUAGAAGACACUAUAAAAUUGCAAAAUCUAUGUCAAUGCUUCCUGCCAUUUCACCAGGAUCACCAUUGAAAGUCGAUUUUGAAGUGAUUUCAAUUCUUUCUCCUGAAAAUGGUUUGCCACCGUUAACACUGACAAAGGAUAACUCAAUAUUAAGAGUUAUUAUAUUGAAAUUGAAUCAAUCAAAGCCACUAAUAGCUGCAAUUAUUGCAAUGCCAGAAUCAGAAGGAAGCUUAGAAGCCUAAUUGAUUUGUAUUAAUCUUAACUCUUUAUUGUUGUACAUAAUAAAUAUUAAAAUAAAUUAAUU